AUGACCAGACCAGGCACUCCAGUCAUUCUCUUCCACCUCUUCAGCUUCUUUUCUCAGAGAGAAGCUCUUUCUCAGGAGAUCAUGUACCCCUAUGGGCCUACCUACCAAGAUCUGGAGACACCCAAGAUGGAUGAUGGGAGCUCCACUGAAAUAAUUAUACUCAUGCCGUUCAUUUUUUUCAAUAACCCCUACCGCUCCAUCUAUGUCAACAACAACGGUGUGAUCUCCUUCGAAGUACAGGUGAGCCAGUUCACCCCCGAGGCCUUCCCCCUGAGUGACAGCAGAUCCUUCAUUGCCCCACUAUGGGCAGACGUGCACAACGGCAUCCGUGGAGACGUGUACUACCGUGAGAGCACAGACCCAGAGCUACUGGAGCGGGCCACACAAGAAAUCCGCAAGUACUUUAAGAACAUGCCCACCUUCACAGCCACCUGGAUCUUCAUCACAACCUGGCACCAGGUCACCUUCUACGGAGGCAGUCAGACCACCCCGGUGAACACAUUUCAGGUUGUGUUGAUAUCGGACGGUCUGUCAUGCUUUUCCAUGUUCAACUAUGGAGAGAUCAACUGGAGCACAGGCACAGCCAGUGGAGGAGACCCUCUGACUGGUUUAGGUGGUAGCACAGCACAGUCAGGUUUUAAUGGAGGAGAAAUCGGUAACUUCCUCAACCUACCUGGGUCCCGUUCCAAUGCCGUGGUUGAAAUCGAGAGGACGACCAAUGUAAACCUGCCUGGCCGGUGGGUCUUCCGUGUAGACACUGCCCUGAUAGACCCUGCCAAUGGCUGCAGUUACAAUGGGCGGUUCUAUCGGCGCGGUGAGAUCUUCUGGCUGUCCGACCAGUGCUCCCAGCGGUGCCGCUGCCUGGACAUGGACAACGAGGUGCUCUGCCGGGAGGCGCCGUGCAGCCAGCUGGAAACUUGUGAGCAGAAGGAGGGUGCCUUCUACUGCCAGUCUACGCGCACCAGCACCUGUGUGGUUUUCGGCGACCCUCACUACCACACCUUUGAUGGCUUCCUCUACCACUUCCAGGGCACCUGCUCCUACCUGUUAGCUCGGCCCUGCUGGGAGGUGGCUGGCCUGCCCUUCUUCAGCGUGGAGGCCAAGAAUGAGAACCGCGGCAUGGCCUCUGUGUCCUGGCUGAGAGAUGUCACUGUGGAGGUGUACGACCACAGAGUCAUCCUGCCUAAGGGCAGCCAGGGCACAAUACAGGUGGAUGGACUGAUGAAGACACUGCCAGUCCAACUCCAGCUAGGUGCAGUCAGGGUGUACCAGUCGGGCAUGGCCGUCGCCCUGGAGACCGACUUCGGCCUCCUGGUGACCUACGAUGGGCAGCACUACGCCUCCAUUUCCCUGCCCAGCUCCUACUUCAACAACACAUGCGGCCUGUGCGGUAACUAUAACGACAACCCUGCCGACGACCCUGUGCUGCCCGACGGCUCGCUGGCCGAGAGCGUAGUGGCGCUGGGUGGCAGCUGGCGGGCGGAGGACGCUGACUGGCGCUGCACAGACGGCUGUGCCCAGAACUGCAGUGUCUGUGAACCAUUGACCGAGGCGUUCUACUUCCGCCCGGACUACUGUGGAAUCAUCAACAAGACGGACGGGCCUUUCAGGGACUGCAGGGCAGUGGUGGACCCAACGGCCUUUGUCUAUAGUUGUGUCUACGACAUGUGCAACAACAAGGACAACAUUACCACCCUCUGUCAGGCCAUUCAGGCCUACGCCUUAGCCUGCCAAGCCCUGGGGGUCACCAUACGAACCUGGAGGUCACACACCUUCUGUGCCCUGAAAUGCCCUGAGUCCAGCCACUACCAGGUGUGCACCAGUGCCUGCGCCGCCUCAUGCUCGGACCUCACCUCCCACCUGUACUGCACCCACCCUUGCACAGAGGGCUGCCAGUGCGACCCGGGACACGUGCUGAGUGGCAACCGUUGCGUCCGGCACCAGGACUGCGGCUGCGAACAUGAGGGCCUCUACUACCCUCUCAACGACACUUUCUGGGUGGGCCCUGAUGGCGAGGGUGGAGAGUGCACCCUGCGCUGCGUCUGUGGGCCCAACGGCGAAGUCUCCUGCUUCAACGAUUCAUGUAGAGAAGGCGAGGUGUGUGUGACAGAGUUCGGCCUGUUGGGCUGUUACCCCCGCAGGGAGGGGGUGUGUUCUCUAGGCCAGAAUGUUGUGACGGCCUCUUUCGACGGGACCUCCAUGCCCUUCCCGGAUGACAGCUCCUACUACCUGCUGAGGUCGUGUGGGCCAAUGCCGGCCAACGUGUCUGCUGUGGAAGUAAAGAUGGGCCGGCGACUGGUAAACAAGGGUCCAUACUGGAUGCGGCCCGUGGUGGUCAGGGUGGCCAACCUGGAGGCCCAGAUGGGUGGAUCGGACUUUGACACAGUGAAGCUGAACGGUGAGCUGGUACUACUGCCUUAUGUCCACCCACUGGAGACCCUAAUGAUCUACCGCGCCCCUGGCAACGCUACCGUGGUGGAGUCCAGUGGAUUGGUCCUAGUCCGCUACACCCGUCAGGGCCUCCUCAACAUCUCUCUCUCUACCCUCUUUUACAACGCCACCUGCGGCCUGUGCGGUCUCUUCAACGGAAAUGCCAGCGACGAUCUCCGUCUGCCUAACGGCCGGCUGGCCGAAUCCCUCGAACUCUUCACUGAGGGCUGGCGGGCCAUCGCUGACGACCUGACGUGCAAUGGCGAUUGCGACGACCUGUACCGCAUGUGCACGGACCUGCGGCUCUACCAGAGCCCGUGGAUGUGUGGCAACAUCAACGACCUGGGGAACAGCUCCUUCCUGGCGUGCCACGGUGCCGUCAACCCCUCGCCGUUCUUCCGGAACUGCCUGUACAACAUGUGCAUGCGGGAGGGAAACCGCUCUGUGCUCUGCUCUUCGCUGCAGGCAUAUGCCUCGGCCUGUCAGGAUGCCCAGGGCUGCCAGUGCAGGGAGGGCUUUGCACUCCACAACGGCCAGUGCGUGGCGCGCAGCGACUGCGGCUGCAUCAGCUCUGGGGGCCGGCAGCUGGCCACCAACCAGAUCUUCUGGAAUGACUGGGAGUGCCAGGAGCGCUGCUUCUGCAAUGGCUCGGACAACCGCGUCUACUGCACGCUGACACCGUGCCAGGAGGGUGAGUACUGCCAGGAGGGCCUUGAGGGCCUCUACUUCUGCCAGCCGCGCACCGAAGCGCUGUGCAUUGCCGCUGGUUACAGCCACUUCCUGCCAUUCGGAGGUGUACCCUUCGAGCUGCAGAGUAGCUGUACCUUGAUCCUGGCUACAACGAGGUGCAACAGCGGAGUGGCGGGAGAGGAGGAUAUGGACCAGAGCACCGCCACCCGACCCAAGACGAGCACCAGCGCCGACCUCCCUCGCUUCAAGCUGUCAGCCCGGAACGAGGAGAGGGACACGGGGCAAGCCAUCUGGGUGAGGGGGUUCAUCUUGGAAGUCUACGGCUAUGAGAUUGAGGUGUCUCGGAGCUAUAAACACACCAUCACGGUGAAUAAGGAACGUCUGUACCUGCCUUUGAAGCUGGGGCCGGGGAAGGUCCACAUCUUCACUUUCGGCAUUCAGCUGGUGUUGGAGACGGACUUUGGCCUGAAGGUUGCCUUCGACUGGAACACCCUUCUACUGCUCACGCUGCCUCGACGCCUCUACAACACCACCUGCGGCCUGUGCCAGGGCAUGCCACUUUCCUCUCCACCCGCACUCACCACCAGCAACUGGGGCAUGGCCUGGGCUGAGCAAGACACAUUCUGCCAGGUGGGCUGCGGCGACUCGUGCCCACGUUGUGGGUUGGUCAACAGAGGCUUUGGUGGCACCGAUGCCCCUUUACUCGUCGCGGACGCCUACAUGGAAGGCGUGGCCCAAGAUGGUGAGGGAGGAGGAAUCAAUGUUGAUGGCGGGGGUUACACGGGAAUCCGAUUCCACCUGGGCGAUGGGCUGCACUUGUUUGUGGAGCCCGAGGCAGUGCGUCUGUGCGGGUUGAUCGUGGACCGCGGCGGUGUGUUUGCGCGCUGCCACAGCAAGGUGGCGCCGGCGUUCUUCUACCAGAACUGCCUGCAGGACACAUGCCUGGACCGGGGUGCCUCGGGGACCAUUUGCAACUGGCUGCAGAUCUACACCAGCACAUGCCAGACCCAGGGGGUGCGUGUGUUAGGCUGGAGGAUUGACACGCCCUGUGUGCUGACGUGCCCAGCCAACAGCCACUACUCCAGCUGCAUGUCAGUGUGCCAACCGCAGUGCGCCCCAGCCCGCGGCCAGAGGGAGUGCACCCAAGACUGUGUGGAGGGCUGCCAGUGUGACCAGGGAUACGUCCUCAAUGGCAAGGGUUGCGUCCGGCCCCAGAACUGUGGCUGCUACAAUGACGGCAAGUACUAUGAGCCCAAACAGCUGUUCUGGAACAGUGAUUGCACCAAGCGCUGCCAGUGCAUCGGCCGUAAUCUCAUCCAGUGUGACCCGCGCCGCUGCAAGGCCGAGGAGGAGUGCGCCCUGCGCCAUGACGUGCGCGGCUGCUUCACCCAGCGCUCGCAGCAUUGCGUGGCGUCCGGUGGCGGUGUCUUCAGGACCUUUGAUGGGGCGUCCCUCCGCCUGCCUGCCUCCUGCUCCUUCGUGCUGUCCACCAACUGCCACAAGCUACCUGACCUCUCCUUUCAGCUCAUCGCAAACUUCGACAAGUGGAGCACACCCAACCUCACCACCAUCUCCCAUGCAUACCUCUAUAUUAACGAGGAGAAUAUCCUGAUCUCCGGGAGCACCGUGAAGGUGAACGGCACUCCUGUGUCGUUGCCUUUUGUCACGGGCCUGAUGACGCGCGUCUCCACAUCGGAGGGCUUCCUGGUCAUCGACACGCCCCAGGACAUCCAGGUGCGCUACAACCGCUUCAACACGCUCAGCAUCACUAUGGGCCAGCGGUUGCAAAACAAGGUGUGCGGCCUUUGCGGCAACUUCAAUGGAGACCCUACUGACGACUACAUCACCUCCCGUGGGAAGCCGGCCAUCAGCGCCCUGGAGCUGGCCCAGAGCUGGAAGACCAAUGGCAUGCAGAACAGCUGCGAUGAGACCCAGUACAUGGCGCUGGCCCAGUCGUGUGAGAACACAGCUGUGCUGGGCCUCCAGGGCGAGGAGGGGUGCCACAAGCUCACCCAGAUGAAGGGCUUCUUCCAGCCCUGCCACGGCCUGCUGGACCCCAGGCCCUUCUACCAGUCCUGCUACCUGGACGGUUGCUACAACCACCACAAGGCCCAGGUGUGCGGCUCGCUGGCUGCCUACGCCGAGGCCUGCCGCUCCCUAGGCACGCUCACCACCAAGUGGAUUGCCCAGGAGAAUUGUUCAGAAUGGAUCUACGACCCUUGUGCAGGAGAGAUCUGCACCAACAACAUGUGUGAGCAGGAGAACGGGGGAGACCUGUGUGGCUGCCCUGAGCUGCCCAACAACGCUGGUGGCGAGGAUGACAUAAUCCAGGCGGAGGUGACAUGUAAGCACGCCCAGAUGGAGGUGUCCAUCUCCAAGUGCAAGCUCUUCCAGCUGGGCUUCGAGCGUGAGGAUGUGAGGAUCAAUGACCAGUACUGCCCCGGCAUUGAGGGAGAGGACUUCAUCUCCUUUCACAUCAACAACUCCAAGGGCCAUUGCGGCUCCAUUGUACAGUCCAACGGCACACACAUCAUGUACAAGAACACGGUGUGGAUCGAGAGUGUGAACAACACAGGCAACAUCAUCACCAGGGACAAGACAAUCAACGUGGAGUUUACCUGCGCCUACGAGCUAGACAUCAAGAUAUCCUUGGAGACCGUGCUCAAGCCCAUGCUCAGGUUAGAGGACCUUCUUUUUCUCUAAACUAGGGAAGGCAACUUCAUCACUAAGAUGGCGCUGUACAAGAACUCCUCGUACCGCCAACCGUACCGCGAGGGUGAGGUGGUGCUGAGCACACGGGACGUCAUCUUUGUGGGGGUGUUUGUGGAGGGGGCCGACGAGGACCAGCUCAUCCUCAUCGUCAAUAUGUGCUGGGCCACGCCAUCCCGCUACAGCAACGACCACCUCCGCUACGUCCUCAUAGAGAAAGGUUGUCCCAACGUCAAGGACAAUACCAUCGGCAUGGCUGAGAACGGGGUGUCCCUCACCUGUCGCUUCCACGUCACCGUCUUCAAGUUCAUCGGGGACUACACUGUCAGCUCCAGCGUUGACCUUCGACCCCUUGUUUUCCCUCUGGCUCUUAGCACCGUGGUCUCCGUGCUCCUCACUCACACACACAAUUCCCUCUUCUCCUAACCCUGGGCGGACAGUCAGAGAGAGAGGAGGGAGAAAGAGACAGAUAAAAAGAGAAGAUGAGAGCAGUAUAACACGAAAAAAAGAGGAGAGGAGAGGAGAGCAGACAUCUACACUUCCUACUCACUGUCACAGAGACUGCCACAGCAACCAAUCACAGAGCAGACAGGCACUUCCCACCAGUUGCACUAAACAAAAACAAAAAAACAACUCACAAGACUGGGGCACUGGAUCACAAUGGAAAAAGCCCUCCAAAAGAGUCUCUCUAUUCACGUAUACUUUAGCUAGACGGCAGAAAGUCGGUAUAUUUCAUUUAACAAACAGCUUAGUGAGUUAGUGCUAGAUACAGUGUUUUUUAUGAGAGGUGAGGGGAUAGUUUCCGUACAUUUAUCUUUGAUAGCAAAGCUUGGUUGCUAACAUGUUUUUAAAAUAAUUGUAUCAUUAUUUAUGUGUGAAUCAGAGGCUGUGUAUGUGAAUCGAAUACCUGUUCCCUUCUCAGCCCCUAAUCCCCUAAUCUGAAACUACAGUAUGAGUCAUACAAAGUAAUGCUCUGGUGCAGUGGUUCCCAAACUUUUUAUAGUCCCAUACCUCUUCAAACAUUCAACCUCCAGCUGCAUAUCCCCUGUAGCGCCAAGGCCAGCACACUAUCAAAUGUUGUUUUUUGCCAUCAUCGUAAGCCUGCCACACACACACUAUACGAUACAUUUAUUAAAC